GCUCUAAUGCAGGGGUGGGCAACUGUGGCCCUCCAGCUGUUGGUGAACUACAAGUCCCAUCAUGCCUCUGCCUUUGGGAGCCAUGCUUGUAACUGUCAGUUUUGCAAUGCCUCAUGGGACUUGUAGUUCUACAACAGCUAGAGGGCCACAGUUGCCCACCCCUGCUCUAAUGCAGGGGUGGGCAACUGUGGCCCUCCAGCUGUUGGUGAACUACAAGUCCCAUCAUGCCUCUGCCUUUGGGAGCCAUGCUUGUAACUGUCAGUUUUGCAAUGCCUCAUGGGACUUGUAGUUCUACAACAGCUAGAGGGCCACAGUUGCCCACCCCUGGUCUA